CCCUUGGCCGGGGCGUGUGGUCAGGUGGUUUGCCCACUCGCCAACGCCGGGCUGCCAUUCAGCCGCCCAGGCUUUCCUUGGGGUGGACACCUUGAUUGUCCUGGCCCCAGCCUUUCCUGGGGCAAGGGAGGUGGCUCCCUUUCCAGAUGUUGUAGCCUGCCCGAGCCUCUCCCAGCACGGUGGCAGAUACCUGGGUGGCCGCGGAGGCCACAAAUGGAUGCCAAAGCGUGCCCACAGCCCAGAGUGGGCUCACCCCAAAGUUUGGACGCCCACAAGCCCAAGGGGAGGUCUGGAUGAGGAGUUGACCAUCUUCCCCUCCCCCUGCCUUGGACAGUUACCAGCCCCUGGACCUUGAUCUCUCCCUACCAGGCCAGAGCAGCUGAUGGUUGAGGCGAAAACGCUCUCAAGGUAGCUGGGCCGGCCCCCUCUUUCCCACCUACCUGUUGUCCUCCCCCUACACCACCACCCUGGCUCCCCUCCCUCAUGACCGCCUGGAUCCUCCUUCCUGUCAGCCUGUCAGCAUUCUCCAUUACUGGCAUAUGGACCGUGUCCUACAACGAAUCCUGCUCUCCUGACCCUGCUGAGCAAGGGGGUCCCAAAACCUGUUGCACCCUGGAUGAUGUCCCCCUAAUCAGCAAGUGUGGCACGUACCCCCCUGAGAGCUGCCUCUUUAGCCUCAUUGGAAACCUGGGUGCUUUCAUGGUGGCCCUGAUCUGCCUCCUUCGGUAUGGGCAGCUUCUGGAGCAGAGCCGGCACUCCUGGGUGAACACCACAGCGCUCAUCACAGGCUGUACCAACGCUGCAGGCCUUGUGGUGGUCGGCAACUUUCAGGUGGACCACGCCAAGUCUCUGCACUACAUUGGAGCUGGAGUAGCUUUCCCAGCAGGACUGCUCUUUGUCUGCCUACACUGUGCUCUUUCCUACCAUGGGGCCACUACCCCCCUGGACCUGGCAAUGGCCUACCUUCGGAUUGUGCUGGCUGUCAUCGCCUUCAUCACUCUGGUCCUUAGUGGUGUCUUCUUUGUCCAUGAAAGUUCUCAGCUACAGCACGGGGCGGCCCUGUGCGAAUGGGUGUUUGUUAUCGAUAUCCUCAUUUUCUAUGGCACCUUCAGCUAUGAGUUUGGGGCCGUCUCUUCAGACACACUGGUGGCUGCGUUGCAGCCAGCCUCUGGCCGGGCCUGCAAGUCCUCGGGAAGCAGCAGCACCUCCACACACCUCAACUGCGCCCCGGAGAGCAUCGCCAUGAUCUGAGGUCUGGAGGGUGGCUGGCCCAGCCUCCACAACACCCAACCCUUUCUCUUCUUUGCAUUUAUUUUGUACCAAAAACAACUUUUCGGAAAGUAUUCUGUUGGGAUUUGGGCUUCCUCACUCGUGAAGAAGUGGCCAUCCCACCACCUGUGCCAUAAGAGGAGCAGGCCCUGCCAAGCUGCCUGGGAUGCACAUCCUGCUCCCCGACACCACAGUAUUGUGCUUAAAGGUCACCUGCCCUCACCUGCCCAGCCAGCCCUUCAGGUGCCUUCUACUCCCAGUGCCAGAGCCAGACCACUGGGGUUUCCUGCUGCAGGAGUUGGGGGCUGGGAACCCCAGGGGGAAAUACAAGUCUGGGUAGUGGGGGGAGCAUGCCUUAGCCUAGGAGAAGGCCCAAUUGAGCUGCACUGGGAUUCUUCACUCUGCCCCUCACUUCCUGUAGGGCAAAUAACACAACAGAACACGUGGGUAUUUUAGUACUUUUUUUAUAUCUAUUAAAAGAAUUCUAAUUUGCA